AAGUCCAGUUUAAACAGUGUAUGAGGGAGAGAAAGGCAACAGUGCAGACAGGAGCAGGAAAGAAAGAGAUAAAGUUGCCUGGAGCUGAAGUUGGAGAGAAGUUUGUUGCUUGUUUUCCACUCAGAGCACUUUUUUGGGGGAGCAUCUGGCCCCUUCAACCAGUACAGAGAAGAGAGAAGGAUUUCAUCAAGGACAGAGUGUGAAAGGAGUCAAAGAAGGAGAAGAACAAGGGACGACCGACUGCUCCAAGACAAAUCAUCGAAGUGGAUGCUGCUUUACUCAGUAGUGUCAGGUUUCACAAAAUGAGAGACCACUUCAAGAGCACUGCUGCAGAGCUCAACCAACCAAGCAAGGAUGCCAGCUGCUAGCAUCAUGACCGGUGGGAGAGCGCUGCUGCUCUGUACAAACACAGAGAACUGCAUCUACCAGUCAGUCAACGGGCUCCAGUGCUGUGGCUUGUGGCUCGAAGACGCUCAAUCUGUCGUGUCCCAGAGGCCAGAUCUGUCCAGGGUUGUGGAAAGUCAGUUCCCCCUAACGUCCCUGGACAACAUAAAGUGCUGCCCCGGGAAGACUGACAUGCUCACCCAGAAGAGGCCGAGUGACACUGUUGAAAAUGGUUUGGGAGUCUUCAACAAGCCCCCAAGGACUCCUGCAGGGAUCAAAAGCUCUGCCAGCAUUAGGGACAAGAUAUCCCAAUGGGAGGGCAAAACGGACAGUGCUGGAGCAAAUGUACAACCAGGCAUUCAGAAAGAGAUGGAAAGUGCAAAGAAAAAGGAUAAUAAAUCCACAGAGGUACAAAGAAGAGACAGUAAAAGAGUUUUCAUUUGUGAAAGACAGGACAUUGGCAAAGAGAAUGGCAGCAAAAAUGAAGAUUUAUGUAAAAGUUCUAAGACAUGUACUAGAGAAGAAGACACAAUACUGGACAAAAAUCCAAGUGGAAAAACAACUGAGAUUGUUCAGGACAAAAAGUCUGUUUUGACACACAUAAAGAAACUUGAGCAGGCUAUGAAGGAAACACCUACAAGGCCAUCCUUGCCUGGUAAUUACUUUUGCCCACCUUCAAAAGAGAAGCAGGAGGAAGCAGAGAAAAAGGCUGCAGAACCCAUUUUUGGGACUUUGGAUGUGGUAAGGACUGUGAGUCGGCGUGACCGAAACAGAGACCCUGAGAAUGUGUACACUGAGCCAGGUGUACCCUCCAUUAACCCUCUUCCAAAACCCCAGCGUACCUUUCAGCACCACACUCAAACAAACAGCCCUAGACCUCCUCACGGUUCAGCAAAGGGGAGACGGAAUCUACCCCCUUUGCCCUCUGUACCACCUCCACCACUCCCCUCCUGCCCUCCACCUCCUGGAGUUUGUCAGAGGCCUUGGAGAGAAAGAGUCAGAGACAGUAACAUCAGGAAGUCAUAUGAGUUUGAGGAUCUGUUGCAGUCUUCAGCUGAGGGCUGUCGAGUGGAUUGGUACGCUCAGUCCAAGCUGGGCCUCACACGCACUUUAUCUGAGGAGAAUGUUUAUGAAGACAUCCUAGACCCUCCAUCAAAAGAAAACCCAUAUGAAGACAUAGAAUUGGAAAGCCGCUGUACUGAAAACAAAUGUCUUGUGGCCACGUCACCUUCACCAACUCCAGACACUCCAAAUAAGCUCUCCUCCAAGCAUGGCUUCUUUAGGCAGAAUUCAGAACGUCGCAGCUUCAAGUUAUUAGAGCUGCGAAAGGUAAACAGAGAUGCUGGUACAGCUACACCUUCAAAGAUAAGCCCACCGUCCACCCCCAGCAGUCCUGACGAUACACCCUGCCUCUCAGGAGACCCUUACAACCGAAGACGAAGGAAAAUUCCUAAGAUGGUGCUGAAGAUAAAUGGUAUCUUUGAGGCCCGCCGGGGAAAAAAGAGAAUGAAGCGGGUCUCUCAGUCGGCUGAAUCCAGCUCAGGAAGAGUGACAGAUGAGAACAGUGAAUCUGAGAGCGACACAGAAGAAAAGCUGAAAGCUCACAGUCAGAGACUGGUCUCAGUGCAGUCUAUGCUGAAGCAGACGGGACGGUACCGGACGCUCGAGAAAGACCUGAUGGACCUACAAGAAAGAAAGCUCUUUGAGUAUUUUAUAGUGGUGGCACUUCAUAAAACCAAAGCUGGGGCACCCUACCUGCCUGAGGUCACCCAGCAGUUCCCACUUAAGCUGGAGAGGAGCUUCAAGUUUAUGCGGGAGGCUGAGGACCAGUUGAAGGUCAUCCCACAGUUCUGUUUUCCUGAUGCCAAAGACUGGGCCCCUGUGGACAACUUCCCCAGUGAAACCUUCUCGUUUGUCCUGACGGGAGAGGAUGGAAGCAGAAGGUUUGGCUACUGUCGGCGUUUACUGCCCAGUGGAAAGGGAAGGCGUCUGCCUGAAGUCUACUGCAUAGUUAGCCGACUGGGCUGUUUCGACCUCUUCUCAAAGAUACUGGAUGAGGUAGAGAAGAGAAGGGCCAUAUCCCCUGCUCUGGUACAGCCCUUCAUGAGGGGCAUCAUGGAGGCUCCAUUCCCAGCUCCAGGCAGAACUAUUACUGUGAAGAACUUCCUGCCAGGUUCAGGCACUGAGGUUAUAGAGUUGUGUCGUCCCUCAGACUCGCGGCUGGAGCAUGUGGAUUUUGAGUGCCUCUUCUCCUCUUUGAAUUUGCGUCCCCUCUUAAAAGUCUUUGCCUCCUUGCUUCUGGAGCGAAGGGUCAUCUUUACAGCUGACAAGCUCAGCACAUUAUCUCAGUGUUGUCAUGCUGUGGUGGCUUUGCUGUAUCCCUUCACAUGGCAGCACACUUACAUCCCGGUGUUGCCCCCCUCCAUGAUGGACAUUGUUUGCACUCCAACUCCUUUUAUUGUUGGGCUGCUGUCCAGCUCUCUUCCUCGACUCAAGGAGCUCCCUCUAGAGGAGGUUCUGGUGGUGGACCUUGGCAAUAGUCGUUUCCUACGACAGAUGGAUGAUGAAGAUUCUAUUUUGCCCCACAAACUGCAGACUGCUUUGGAGUAUGUUUUGGAGAAAAGAAAGGAGCUGGCCUGUGAUAGAGGAGAUUAUCCUAAUGAACACUUCUCCCUGAGUGCUGUGGUGUCCGAGGCUUUUGUCCGUUUCUUUGUGGAAAUAGUCGGACACCACUCAUUCUUUAUGGGUGGCACUGAGCGGGAUGAAGAAUCCUCAGCAUCCUCCUCCUCCCCCACACCCUUGUCCUUUCAGCGCGAGGCUUUCCGCAAAGCUGUGUCCUCUAAGAGCCUGCGGCGCUUCCUGGAGGUCUUCAUGGAGACACAGAUGUUUGCUGGCUUUAUACAGGAAAGAGAGAUGAGGAGGCAGGGACUAAGAGGCUUGUUUGAGAUGAGGGCUCAGGAUUACCUGGACUCUUUGCCUGGAGCUGAAAAUCGAGGGGUCAACAAGUUUCUGAAAGGCUUAGGACACAAAAUGAAGUUUCUUUCCAAAAAGUGAAGUGUCUUCAGAUAUGGAGAGCAGUAUUAAAUCACGGACCAAACCAACUUGACAGACUGAUAAACUGUAGAAUAUACCAUAGCCCCAGUUUUGAACAAAAGAUCGUUCUUUAGUUUUAUGUCCUACCGGUAUAAAGCUUACGAUUCAUGGUGGAUUUUAAUGGUAGGUGGUUGACUGGUCACUUUUCAUGCCUACUUUCACAAAGUUUAAAUUCAUGUACAGUUUGUUUUGUUUGUUAAAAAAACUUUAAACACUCUUGUCAUUUUUGUUUAGAAUAAGUGUACAACUUCUGUAACAGGGGGCAAUAAUUUAAUUUAUAUAGUUCAGAAGAAGGCAUUUAUAUUUUUUUUUUGUAAAACUGUUGCCUGUAAACAAAAAAUCAGUUUUCACGUUGUUAUAGGCUAUUUAUCAUUAUACAUUCCAGAUUUAUUAGUAAAUACUACUGUGACUGAAUCAUGAUGUAAACAGAAAGAGACAGAAGAGAAUUGGAGAUCUGACUGGAUUAAUGGAUGGAUUGGUGGAGGUUACAACACAGUGAACUUGCUCUGGGAAUUCCAACACAAAUUGAAAAAUGUUGGAUCAUGAUGGUCAAUGUACAAUCUUUUAAUGUUUUAUUGUUUUUGUAAAGUGAAAUUUGAAAAUACCACUAGUUUUGUAUGAAGUUUGAGUAACUAAACUGUUACUGUUAAACUGUUAAGUAAAUAAACUGUUGGUCACCUUUCCAAAAAUAA